AUGCACAUUUGCACGGAAACGUCCGAUCGUGACCUGCAUGAUUACGUACGGGAAUUUUUCUCCGUGGAAAGCCUUGGAGUUGCCGUAGCACCCAACUUGGCGGGCAACGAGGAUCAACGAGCACGCCAAAUUCUACAAGAAACAACAGUUAGAACGGGUAGCGGAAAGUUCGAGACCGGAUUACUUUGGAAGCAAGAUGUCGUCGAGUUCCCGGAUAGUAGACCAAUGGCUGAGCGUCGGUUGAAAUGCUUGGAGAGACGUCUGGAGAAAAAUCCGCAGUUGUACGACAGUGUGAGGCAGCAAGUGGCAGACUACGAGUCCAAGGGCUAUAUUCACCGAGUUACUGAGGAAGAAAUGGCAAGUUUCGACCCCAGACGUGUUUGGUAUCUUCCAUUAGGCGUCGUGUUGAACCCAAACAAAGCCGGGAAGGUACGCGUCAUUUGGAACGCGGCGGCAAAAGCUGGCGGAUCAUCGCUGAAUUCGAUGCUGCUGAAAGGACCCGAUCUUUUAACUCCGCAGCUGUCUGUUACGUUCAAGUUCCGUGAGCGAGAAGUUGCCUUUUCCGGCGACAUACAAGAAAUGUUUCUGCAAGUUGGAAUCCGAAAAAAGGACAGGAGCGCGCUAUUGUUUGUUUACCGCAAUCACUCGAACGAACCUAUGGUGACGAUGGCGUCCGAUGUUGCUAUCUUCGGAGCGACGUGUUCCCCGGCCCAAUCACAGUACGUGAAGAAUCUCAACGCAACGGAGCAUGAGGCUCAGUACCCAAGAGCAGCUUCGGCGAUCAAAAACAAGCACUACGUCGACGACUAUCUUGAUAGCGUCGACACUGAAGAGGAAGCCGUCGAGCUAGCGUUAGAAGUUGCUGAAGUCCACAGCAAAACGGGCUUCCGCAUACGCAAUUGGGUAUCUAAUCGAACAUCGGUUCUGGAAGCAAUCGGAGAAGCUAAUCCGGCCGCAGUGAAAAGUCUUUCGAUGAACAGUCAGAGCGCUUUCGAGCGUGUGCUUGGAAUAUCGUGGAUUCCAGGUGACGAUGUGUUCUGCUUCACGAUUAAUCUUCAAGGAGACCUGGAAAGUGAGGUUGCGCCGACUAAACGUACAAUGCUGAGCUUUGUUAUGAAGAUUUACGACCCCUUGGGGCUAGUGGGCUCACUAGUGAUCCAAGGAAAAAUACUGCUGCAAGACGUGUGGAGAGCUAAAAUAGAUUGGGAUGAGCAGAUUUCCGAAGAUCUGUUCUCGCGCUGGAAGCUUUGGCUGCAGAUGCUGAAGGAGUUGAACAACGUUCGCAUCCCUCGAAGUUACUUUCGGGGUUACGAUCCUACCUGUUUCGAUACCCUGGAGCUUCACGCAGCCGUAAUUGGAGCACGUCUGCGCAAGACCAUCGAGGAUGGCCAUUCCAUAAAGGUAACACGCACCUACUUUUGGAGUGAUUCCAGCACUGUCGUCUCAUGGAUCAAGUCUGACACCCGUCGAUACCGGCAGUACGUUGCGUUUCGGGUGAAUGAGAUUUUGAGCUUAUCGAAAACUGAAGAGUGGCGAUGGUUGGGAACGAAGAUCAAUGUUGCAGAUGAAGCCACCAAGUGGGGAAAAGGACCGAAUUGUAACUCCGACAGCCGAUGGAUGCGAGGGCCCGCCUUUCUGUACGAAGAGAAGAAUCAUUGGCCAAAGGACAAGUUCGUGAUGAUUGAAGAAACGUCAGAGGAAUUGAGACUAGCUUACGUGUGCAGUCAUUUUUUGUCAGUUCCCAUGAUUGAUAUUUCGCGAUUCUCAAAAUACGAAAGGCUGUUACGGAGCAUGGCGUAUGUCUAUGGGUUUUGUAAUAGGCUUCUACAACGAAUUGGAAGAAGGCCUUCCGAAGGUGCAUGGAGUGUCAGCGGUGAAGAUUUGCGGAGUGCGGAAAGAUGUCUCUGGCGGCUCGCUCAAUCAGAUGGUUACCCGGAUGAGGUCGCUAUAUUGACACACAACAAGCAGUCAACACCUGAAAACCAACAAUCGUUAGGUCGAAGCAGUUCGUUGACAAAUCUUCCUCCUGUGUUGGAUGAGCAUGGAUUGAUCCGUGUUGAUGGUAGAAUCGCAGCCGCAGAUUACGUACACUACGACACCAAGUACCCAGUAGUUCUACCUAAAGGACACCCGAUUACGGACUUGCUACUGGACUGGUAUCACCGAAAGUUUCGUCACGCCAACAAUGAAACGGUCGUAAACGAAGUGCGUCAGAAGUUUUUCGUCCCGAAGCUAAGAUCAUGCGUCCGAUCAGUUGCGAAACGUUGCCAGUGGUGCCGCGUUUACAAAGCCGUCCCUGCAGUCCCGAAGAUGAGUCAACUGCCUCGGUCCCGCGUUACACCAUUCGUUAGACCCUUCACAUUUGUGGGCAUAGACUACUUCGGGCCCUACCUAGUGAAGAUCGGUCGUAGUGCAGUUAAACGGUGGGUAGCGAUAUUCACAUGCCUAACCGUACGGGCUAUACAUAUGGAGGUAGUGCAUUCGCUUUCUACCGAUUCUUGUAAGAAAGCAGUUAGGCGGUUCAUCGCUCGCAGAGGAGCACCACAAGAAGUCUAUACGGAUAACGGGACGAAUUUCAUCGGCGCGAGUAGAGAGUUGGAAGAUGAGUGGCGGAAGCGGAACAUCAACGUUAGCUUGAGCAGCACAUUCACGGACACCAAUACCCAGUGGCGAUUCAACCCUCCCUCAGCUCCACACAUGGGCGGAUGCUGGGAGCGCAUGGUCCGAUCCGUGAAGACCGCACUGGGAACUCUGCCGGAAUCAAGGAAGCUGGACGACGAGUCUUUCAUGACACUGUUGGCAGAAGCGGAGCAUAUGGUCAAUUCGCGCCCUUUAACGUUUUUGCCUGUUGACAGCGAGGAGCAGGAGUCGUUGACUCCCAAUCAUUUUCUGAUGCUUAGCUCUAGUGGAGUGCGGCAACCGAUCAAAGCGCCGGCGUGUGAACGAAAAGCGUUGAAGGGCAGCUGGGACCUUAUUCAACAGAAGUUGGACGCUUUCUGGAGUCGCUGGAUCUCCGAGUAUUUGCCAGUAAUAUCACGCCGAUCUAAAUGGUUCAAUCACGUGACGCCUAUCAAGGAAGGAGCGUUGGUUGUUAUAGUCGACGGGAAGAUGCGGAACCAAUGGAUACGUGGACGGGUGAGCCGAACUUAUCCCGGCAAGGAUGGAGCAGUACGUCUGGCGGACGUGAAUACAUCUACAGGGGUGUUGAAGAGGAGAGCAGUUUGUAAGCUAGCGGUUUUGGAUGUCUGCGAUCACAAAGAUGAAACGCAAAGUGAUCAUGGUGAUGUCGAUUGCGGACGGCGUCGUGUGCGCAGCGGAUAUGGUGUCGUCGAACCAGUGCCCGUACGACACGAGGGGGAGGAUGUUGCGACAACGUCGUCCAUCGAAGCACCCCCCGGAAGCUUUGGCGUUUCUCAUGCGAAUGUGUGA